GGUCCUGAGGAAGGCAAUGACUGAGUACAAACUGGUGGUAGUAGGAGCUGGGGGUGUUGGGAAAAGUGCCCUGACCAUCCAGCUUAUUCAGAAUCACUUCGUAGAUGAAUAUGAUCCUACUAUUGAGGAUUCUUACCGCAAACAAGUUGUUAUUGAUGGAGAGACUUGUUUGCUAGACAUCCUGGAUACAGCAGGACAGGAGGAAUAUAGUGCCAUGAGGGACCAAUAUAUGAGAACUGGGGAAGGCUUUCUUUGUGUGUUUGCCAUUAACAACAGCAAAUCAUUUGCAGAUAUAAAUCUUUACAGAGAGCAAAUUAAAAGAGUGAAAGAUUCAGAAGAUGUACCAAUGGUAUUAGUGGGAAACAAAUGUGAUUUACCAACAAGAACAGUAGACACCAAACAGGCUCACGAAGUAGCAAAGAGCUAUGGCAUUCCAUUCAUUGAGACAUCUGCCAAAACAAGACAGGGUGUUGAAGAUGCUUUUUAUACAUUGGUUAGAGAAAUCCGUCAGUAUCGAAUGAAAAGGCUCAACAGUAAUGAAGAUGGGAAUCAAGGCUGCAUGGGGUUGUCAUGUCUUGUGAUGUGAUGAGCUGCCUUUGAAUCAUCCAUCCAAGUUCAAAGUUGAAUCUUAAUUCCACUGUGUUGCAUUUCAUGACGAUGCCUUGGCCAGUAUCAUGCAAGUUUCCAAUUGAUCAAUGCUAAAACAUUCUAUCAGCACCAGAAGAUACUGUUCCUUAACAUCUACCUCUUUGCUCAGUUGAGCAUGCAAAGAAAAUCUCAUAUGUUUUGUGUGGGAUAUUUCAUUUUCUUUUCUGGGUAGGUUCAAACAGAGAAACUUAUUAUAUAGGAACUAUAAAGGCCAAGUGCCUUGAAAGAAAUAACAUCUCAUUUUCUGGAAAGAAGGCUGGAAUGAAUUGUGAUCAUGCUGUUCCGAAAAAGCCAUUGCAUAGCAUUGUAUGGUAACAUUAUGUUUGAUUUCCUGUACACCAUUUUAAACCAGGAUAAUAUUUCCUAUACUAUGUACUUAAAUAUUCCUAUUGUACAUUAGGUUAAUCACAUGUAGUCUAACCUCUUUAAUUCUGGCCUUUUUAUAACAAAAGUAAAAUUAUUGGAUUAUCAAGUGCCUCUUUACAAAGGCAAGCUAGACCUUAAGCCUUAUCAUGCUGGUUGCAACUCUGGUUCCUAGCUGACCCAUCCUGAAUGUUUAAAGCUGACUCAGUUCAUUGGUCUGUGUUAACCCAGUGUUAUCUAUGCUUGACUUUAUUGUCUUAUCCUUUUAGUUGGGCUGUCCAAUGAACUGUAUAUGGAACAGAAGAUAAUUACUAGCCUUGCGCUUUGUUGUCAGAGUUCCUCACAUCAUUGGUUGAAAAGCACUUUGAGAUUAAGAUUCUCCAGAGGAAACAGCAGUCAAUUGCUAUUUUCCGGUUUUAAAUAUAAUACAUUCCAUUUAUCUUGUGCUUGAAGGUACUGGUGUUUUCAUCAGGACCACUUAUUAGCUGUGGAUACUGUCAACAGCUGUUACUCCAUUAUCAGUCAUAAUACAUGGCUGUGUGAAGUUUGUGUAGAAAAAAAAAUCUGUUUUAUCCCAGCUAUUUCUGCACUUCUAUUUUUAGUUAAACUUAUUUACUCCUUUGAUACCUUUGCAAAGCACAGUGUCCUUAGGCUUACUAGUGAAGAAAUGUAUUUAGGGAAUCAACUUCAUUGGCAUUAUUUGUUUUGAAAGCUCUCUCCAGGCUACUGCUGUGCAGUGAAACUAGAGGUGAAGAGCUAGGGCAAAAUGGAACUAGAGGAGUAGAGGGUGAAUUUAAUUUUCCUGCUGCUUAAUAGUAGGAUUAAACCAAUACUGUACAUUUAUUCUUACAAAAUAUGGAGCUGGAUUCCUCAAUAGCCUCCAUGCCUCUAUCAUGAAAGAAAAGGAGUUGUGAGUUUUCCUCUCUCUAAUGCUGAACAGUAGUUGAUUUGGAUUACUAUUUAUAUGAUGUAUCCAAAAUCUGGUCCUGAAUCCCUUGUAUAUGUAUCAUCUCACUUUCAAGUGAACUGCCUUCACUGAAAGUAGAUGCUUAAAAUGGUGUUAGGUGAUAUAAAAGCUGUCUGUGUGAUUGUUUUACAUAUCUGAUUGAUGUGGUUAUGUUUAUUGAAGCACAGAAAUGAGUUUGUGGUCAUUAAGUGGUUUACUGGUUUACAAUAUUGCCAUUUUACUGCAUAAAUUCUAAGUUGGAUAGAAAACCACUAUCCAACUUAAUCCAAACUGUCUAAUCACCAAGUAAGAAAGUUGGCAUAUUAUUUCCUAAAUAUAUAACUUAAUGGAUCAUUUCAGGUAUACUUGAUCUGAAGCUAAUUUCAUACAGCAUUACAUAGAACCAAACAAUAACGUGUUGAUAUGCUUUACUGCUGGCUAAUGUGUUAAUAUUAAACCAAGCAUGAGGACCCAGACUGUGGGGGCAAUAUGCUGACUCUGUAAACGGCUUAGAGAGGGCUGAAAGCCCUAUGAAG